GGGCGCACGCGCAGUAGAGGCUGGAUUGUUGCAGCCCCAGACAGGGCGGCCCGUUACCAAGCACUGCACCGCGCAGGGUCUGACAACGACGACAGCAACGGGCAUUGACAUAAGGAAUACUGCCAGCGUGAUAACAACGCAGACGCUCCUGAAUACAGGAUGGCAGUGAAUGUGUACGCAACAUCUGUGUCCAUUGACAACCUCAGCCGACAUGAUAUGCUGGCGUGGGUCAACGACUCUCUGCAUCUCACUUACACCAAGAUUGAACAGCUCUGUUCAGGAGCGGCGUAUUGCCAGUUCAUGGACAUGUUGUUUCCGGGGUGCAUUCUUCUGAAGAAGGUCAAAUUUCAAGCCAAGCUGGAGCAUGAAUUUAUACACAACUUCAAAGUUCUUCAGGCAGCUUUUAAACGGAUGAGUGUCGACAAAAUAAUUCCUGUAGAAAAGCUUGUAAAAGGGAAAUUCCAGGACAACUUUGAAUUUGUGCAGUGGUUCAAGAAGUUCUUCGACGCCAACUAUGACGGCAAGGAGUAUGACCCUUUACUAGCCAGACAGGGGCAGGACGUGGCCCCUCCCCCCAAUCCAGGUGAUCACUUUAUCCACAAACCAAAGAGAAACCAAGGACCACAGAGGACAUCCCCAACAGUUCCCAAAAACAUGCCAACACCGCAGCGGGUCCAGCAUAACACUCCAGCCUUGAGGAAGAAUCCGACUUUGUCAAGAAAUGGGGGCAGUGAUGCUGAAAUCAUGGAGCUAAAUCAACAGUUGAUGGAGUUGAAGUUGACUGUAGAUGGCCUUGAGAAGGAAAGAGACUUCUACUUCAGCAAACUACGGGAUAUCGAGCUGAUUUGCCAGGAGCACGAGAGUGAAAACAACCCCAUUCUCAGCAGGAUAAUUGACAUUCUCUACGCAACAGAGGAAGGCUUUGCACCUCCAGAAGAUGAAGACCUCGAUGAGCAAGCUCACCUGGACCAGGAUGAAUACUGAACCCAUUGUGUCCCUCCCCUCAAGCAUCUCCAUCUUUCUUCCCCUCUUCUUUUUUCCCUCAUUUAUUUUCUCCUCUUUGCACGCUUUCUGUAAAUACUCACCAUCAUCCCAGCUUUCUGUCUGUGUUUUCCUUUCUUUCUCAUGUGUAUAUCUGUUGGUAACCUCCCCCUCCAUCCUCCAUCCUCCAUCCUCUGGCCAUCUACACACUCUUCACAACAUCUCCGUAUCAUCAUUUGCUGCUCCUCCCUGCCUCCAUUUACACAGUAACAAUAACAGUAAUGUAUGACACAUCCCAGUUAUUUCAGCAUGAGUAAUGCAGAAAAUAGAGCCGAGAGCUGGCUGGCAUGGAGGUUGUUAUGGCGAACAAUUGAGUUUAAGUCUGUAAAUAUUACCGACAUCUUGAUUACUGAAGGAACAACGUCUUUGCUCUUUAUGGAGUAACUUAUUUGCCUUUGGUGCGUUGUUAAUACUACUGUUAGAGCACAGAACAACACUGCUCCAAUGUGCAAUCAGGACACUCCCUGAGCUACUAAAACUGUAACAAAACUGACUUUUUAUUAACACUUUAUUAUUUAUUAUUUAUAUUUCAUUUAACUUUCUGUAGCAAAAUUGGUGCAGACCUACUGUACGUGAACUGAAAGCUGAGGCCAUGUGUGUUACUCAUAUCGGUUUGUGCUUCAGUCAAGCUUUUGGUUUCUGUGAUGGUGGGUCCAUGGCAUGUAGAAAUGCUGAAGGAAAUUCUUUGGUGUAAUGACUCAAGACUUAUGAUAAGUGCUCUGCAAUUAUUCAUUAUUGAUCAGCAACAUAUCUGAGCAUGAGAAUGUUACACAUUGACUGUGAAUGAGUGAUAUUUUGUAUGUGUAUUUUGUGUGCAGAUUUUCUUGGAUGUCGCACGAUCCUGGUUAAUUGCCAUUGUAUCUUUUUAGGCUGACCUACCGCAGUCUAUUUAGGUGUAAAAUGUAAAGGUGGAAAGGCACCUGGAUUCUGGCAACUUGGUUAUCGAGUGUAGCAGAUCUAAAGGUUUAACUCUACAAUAUGACACUGAAUUAAAAACAGAGACAUUUUCACAUGUUUUACUGCUAAUCCUGCUGUGUUUAUACUUUAAAUUUGCUGUAAAGGGUUGCCCAGGGUUUUAGAGGUGUCUCAGAGAAAGUCAUUAUUUAGAGAUCUAAGACCAGUUGACUGGUCAUCAAACAAGGAACUCUCCUUGUCCUUCCCUAGCUAUUUUUACUUUGCAAACUGGCUGUUAUCUACUCUGGAACUUGCAUUCAUCGACCAUAUAAACAUCUACAGAACACUCAUCUUUUGAGUUUUGAAUAAAUAAACAGUUGUGAAACAA